GUUUCAAUAAGGAAGUUCAACCAACACCGAGUUAAAAUCUGAACCCUGAGUUGAUUUACUCAGAGAAUCGUUACUCUGAGUUUUCAGUUUCAGAACAGCUGAUUUGAGUUAGUUUAAUCAACCCUGAGUAAGUUCACUCUGGGUUACGCCCGUGCACCAUGGCUAUAAAAAGCCAUCAUCAAUUGAGCGAAGAUAGCACGAUUCACCAUGGCAACGGCACGUGACAAACAGCGCUCUGUUUAUUUCUCGCCAAUGGAAUUGGAGGUACUAUUACAAGCUUACGGUGAAUAUGAGCCGAUAUUUAGAAAAAAGAGCAACACAGCCGCAGCAGCAAAAGAAAGAGCGUUGGCGUGGGAGAAAAUUGCUUCACGUGUUAAUGCGUGCAAUCCUUCUGCAAUUAAAAGAACUUGGCAGCAGCUGAAAAUGAAAUAUAAAAACAUCAUUCAGUCAGCCAAUAGAAAGAGGGCAGAGGCACGUAAAACAGGAGGAGGUCCUGCACCACCACCUCUGACGGAUGCAGAGGAGAUGGCCUUGAGCCUCAACACUGGACGACCAGUGGCUGAGGGAAUUCCAGGAGGGAGUUCAUCAGAACCUGUUUCUCCCCAGGAUACAAGUGCUUAUAUAAUAUCAGAUUCUGAUGGUAAGGUUAGCCUUGUGGAACCUCUUGUCACAACAGAACCCCAGGCAGUUGUAAGUGGCCUAACCCAUGCUGAAAAAUUUCAGGGCAUUCUUAAAAGUGAAUACUACACAAAAUGCACAUCUUCACAGGAUGAAGGGGAUGAAGAAACCUUAUCCGCUGACACAGAGAGGCCUACAGAGAGCAUGGCAGAACAGGAGGAGGGUCCAUCAAAUUCUGACACCCAAAUUAAUGCAUUGCCAGUUAAGGAGCUAUAUAAGCUCCAUCUAAUAAAAAAAUUACAAAAGACGGAUAAAGAACUUGUGUACUUGGACCGUCAGAUUCUAAAAACAGAUUUGGAAAUUGAGCUCCUUAGGCACAAACUAGAGGUGGGUGUACAAAAUAAUGGAACAGUCUUACAACCUUAUAGGGAAUUUAACUGUUGCUUUUGUAUUUGUAGGACAUAAAGAAGACAAAAUGAAUUGUGAAUAAAUUGAGUUUAUUUAA